GAGCUCCAGAGUGAGGCGAGAAAGUGGGUGAGAUGCGCCGGCAGCACGGCACACCAUAAGUGGCUGUGUGGGCUUUAAAAACGAUGACGCUCCGAGCGCUGUCGCCCCUCGAGGAUAAUGGGCUGAAACGCGGUGAGAGGCUGGCUUGAGCACAAGGAAUACGCACGCGGAGCCGCAAACAGCUUUCCUGGAGACGUCGACCAUUCAGCCCCGCUCCCACACCGCUGCCGCGUCCACAAUGAAUGUUUUCUUCAACUUGAGGGGGUCCAUUGUGAGACAGAUGGUGGAGGACAGAGCAGCUCCAGAGGCAGCCAUGAGCCCUCCACGCCGAUCAUCGAGUUCCCAUGGCGACAGCAGGCCCUCUACGGAGACCCUGCAGAGGAACAACAGCAGCAACUCUGGUGUUAUUUUGGACAUUUCAGCUCUCAAGAUGGCUGAAGUGGAUACCGAAGUGCCUCCCCUUCCACCUCGCUACCGCUUCAGGGACCUGCUCUUGGGGGACCAGACGUUUCAGAAUGAUGACAGGGUGCAGGUGGAGUUCUACGUGAACGAAAACACCUUUAAGGAGAGGCUGAAGCUUUUCUUCAUCAAAAACCAAAGGUCAAGCUUGAGGAUCCGCCUGUUCAACUUCUCCCUGAAGAUCCUCACCUGCGUCCUCUACACCGUGAGAGUCACCCUAGACGACCCCAAGGAGACUCAUGGAAACCCAUGUCACAGUGCAAUCAUUCGAAAUGCCAGCUGGCCAAAUUCGGCAGCGGAGUCACCAGAAAUCAACUGGAAGUUGAUUUUAUGGGUGACGAGACCUGAUCCAUUGUGGGCAAUACAGGUGACAGUGGCUUUAAUCAGUUUCUUGGAGACCAUGCUGAUCACAUAUCUCAGCUACAAGGGCAACAUUUGGGAGCAGCUAUUCCAGAUAUCCUUCAUAUUGGAGAUGAUCAAUACAGUGCCAUUUAUUAUCACAAUCUUCUGGCCUCCUUUGCGAAACAUAUUUGUUCCUGUUUUUCUAAACUGCUGGCUAGCCAAAGGAGCGCUGGAAAACAUGAUCAAUGACUUCCACCGUGCCAUACAAAGGACACACUCGGCCAUGUUCAACCAGGUGUUCAUCCUCUUCUGCACUUUACUGUGUCUGGUUUUCACCGGUGCUUGUGGCAUCCAGCACCUAGAGAGAGCUGGAAAGCACCUGACCCUGUUUGACUCCUUUUACUUCUGCAUCGUGACCUUCUCCACCGUGGGCUACGGAGAUGUGACGCCUCAGAUCUGGCCCUCACAGCUACUGGUGGUCAUCCUCAUCUGCGUGGCCCUGGUGGUGCUCCCGCUGCAGUUUGAAGAGCUUGCGUACCUGUGGAUGGAGAGCCAGAAAUUAGGCGGAAACUACAGUCGCCACCGAGCACAGACGGAGAAGCAUGUGGUGUUGUGUGUCAGCUCGCUGAAGAUAGACCUGCUGAUGGAUUUCCUCAAUGAGUUCUAUGCUCAUCCCAGGUUGCAGGAUUAUUACGUGGUGAUCCUGUGUCCCACCGAUAUAGACAUUCAGGUUCGCCGCAUUCUCCAGAUACCGCUGUGGUCCCAGAGGGUCAUCUACCUUCAAGGAUCCGCUCUCAAAGACCAGGACCUGAUGAGGGCCAAAAUGGACGAUGCCGAGGCUUGUUUCAUCCUCAGCAGCAGGAAUGAGGGUGACCGAACUGCUGCAGACCAUCAGACUAUUUUGAGGGCUUGGGCCGCAAAGGACUUUGCUCCUAACUGUCCGCUCUACGUACAGAUUCUCAAGCCAGAAAACAAAUUCCACGUUAAAUUUGCCGAUCACGUCGUAUGUGAAGAGGAAUUCAAGUACGCCAUGCUUGCACUGAACUGCGUGUGUCCGGCCAUGUCCACCUUAGUGACGCUCCUCGUUCACACCUCCAGAGGACAGGAAGGUCAGUUGUCACCGGAGCAGUGGCAAAGGAUGUACGGGCGCUGCUCAGGCAACGAGGUCUACCACAUCCGAUUGUGUGACAGCAAGUUUUUUGGGGAAUAUGAUGGCAAGAGCUUCACUUACGCCUCCUUCCAUGCGCAUAAGAAGUACGGCGUGUGCCUGAUCGGGGUUAAGCGGGAGGACAACAAGAGCAUCCUGUUGAACCCCGGCCCGCGCCACAUCAUGGCCGCCACCGACACCUGCUACUACAUCAACAUCACCAAGGAGGAGAAUUCAGCCUUCAUCUUCAAACAGGAGGAGAAGCACAACAAGAGCCUGUCCGUCGCCGGGCUUUACGACGCCCCCUCCAGGCUGCCCGUGCACAGCAUCAUUGCCAGCAUGGGCACCGUGGCCAUUGACCUCCAGAACCCGGAUCCCCCCGAAGAAACCAGUAAGCUGACCUUACCGACGGAGAACGGCGCCGGUAGCCGCAGGCCAAGCAUCGCGCCGGUCCUCGAGAUCGCGGACUCCUCCGCCAUUCUGCCGUGCGACCUCCUCAGCGACCAGUCGGAAGACGAGACCAACCAAUCGGAUGAGGAGGGCUCCGUCGGGUCAGAUUUCGUGAAGGGCUACCCUCCCAACUCUCCCUACAUCGGCAGCUCGCCGACACUGUGCCACCUCCUUCCGCAGAAGGCGCCAUUUUGCUGCCUGCGCCUUGACAAGGGCUGUACGCACAACAGCUUCGAAGAUGCCAAAGCGUACGGCUUCAAGAACAAGCUGAUUAUCGUGUCUGCUGAGACGGCGGGCAACGGUUUGUACAACUUCAUCGUCCCCCUCCGAGCGUACUACCGACCCCGGAAGGAGCUCAACCCCAUUGUGCUUCUGCUGGACUACCCCCCAGACAACCACUUCUUAGAGGCCAUUUGCUGCUUCCCGAUGGUCUACUUCAUGGCCGGCACCAUCGAUAACUUAGACAACCUGCUGCAGUGUGGAAUCAUCUACGCUGACAAUUUGGUGGUCGUGGACAAGGAGAGCACCAUGAGUGCCGAGGAGGACUACAUGGCCGACGCCAAGACCAUCGUCAAUGUCCAGACGAUGUUCAGACUGUUCCCGAGUCUCAGCAUCAUCACUGAGCUCACGCAUCCAUCCAACAUGAGGUUCAUGCAGUUCAGAGCCAAGGACUGCUACUCGCUCGCGCUUUCUAAACUCGAAAAGAUAGAACGAGAUAAGGGCUCCAAUCUGGCCUUCAUGUUCCGGUUGCCAUUUGCAGCGGGCCGGGUGUUCAGUAUCAGCAUGCUGGAUACGCUGCUCUACCAGUCAUUCGUGAAAGACUACAUGAUAGCGAUCGCCAGGCUUCUUCUUGGUCUGGACACGACACCGGGUUCCGGGUAUCUAUGCGUUAUGAAGAUCACAGAGGAGGACUUGUGGAUCAGAACAUACGGCAGACUCUUCCAAAAACUGUGUUCCUCCAGCGCCGAGAUCCCCAUCGGGAUCUACCGCACCGAGUCGCACAUGUUCUCCACAUCCGAGUCUCAGGUGUCCAUAAACGUGGAGCAAGGCGAGCAGCAUCGCGACCGCAAGGAGUCGUGGAAGGAGAAGACGGCGCACCGGAACUCCAGCGCCAGCGAACAGUCAGAGCACCCGCUGCUGAGGAAGAAGAGCAUGCAGUGGGCGCGGCGCCUGAGCAGGAAGAACACCAACAAGCCCUCCAGCCGGGCCGAGCGCAUCUCGCAGCAGCGCCUCAACCUUUACCGCCGCUCCGAGCGCCAGGAGCUGUCCGAGCUGGUCAAAAACCGCAUGAAGCACCUGGGCUUGCCCACCGUGGGAUACGAUGAGAUGAACGACCACCAAAAUACGCUCUCCUACGUGCUCAUCAACCCGCCUCCGGACACCAUGCUCGAGCUCAAUGACAUCGUAUACAUCAUCCGCUCCGACCCGCUGGCGCACAUGCCCGAGGAAUCCCAAAUGGGCCAGAGUCGGAGCACUCGGAACCAGACGCACUUUGUCUCAGAAACCAGAGACGAGACGCACCUAUGAGCCACACACACACACACACACACACACACACACACACACACACACACACACACACACACACACACGCAUGCACACGCACGCACGGCAGCCUGACGUUUGCUACUUGCUUCCACUGAGCCGCCGCAUACGUUUGCGGGAGGAUGCAUGAAGCGUGCCUCGACAUCCAGAGAUGUCGAUACCGCACCUCACAUCGCCAACUAACACUGGAGGACAACCGCGGUGGGCAAUUUAGGGCUCGUGGGCUGUGUGCGGCAUUUAAUCUGGCCCAGCGUGCUAUUCUAAAAACAACUCAAACCUCAGAGAAACUGUCAUGAAAAAGCCCCCAUAAAUGCUUCUUAAUAUGCACUACUCGCAAAAUUUAGAGCUGGUCGUGGGACUCCAAAAAUAUUUUACUUGAAAACAAAACAUCCAGUGAUGACAUAAUUAAAUACAAUUUUAAAAAACUGUUAAAAGAUUUUGUCACAUUGCACCAAUUGAAUUUCCAUUGGCCACUUUGUAUAAAACAGACAGAUGGACAAAUCAUCAGUGUGGCUGUAAUAUCAGCGGUUCCACGCGGAGGAUAAAGACUAUAUGACUGUGAAUACAGUUAUAUUUUUUUGUGUACACGGGUUGAGAAGGUAUAUUCGGCUCAUCCUGAAAUGUCCCCCAAAAGCCCGAUAUCGCUACCUUUCUGUAAGUAGUGUAUA